UGUCGACAAAAUGUCGACAUUUCGGGGAAUCAUUGAGGAAUUACCAGGAAUCUCAGUGGAUAGAUUCGAGGAGGCUAAUCGCAGCUCCAGUACAGUCUUCUUUCUCAGCCACUUUCAUUGCGACCAUAGAGUGGGUCUAGACCAGUCGUUCUUUCAACAAUUAACUGAGAAGAAUCAGUACCUCUACUGUUCACCGCUCACAAAAAAUUUUAUAGUGACAAAGUGGAAUUUAGGUUCAAUGCCCGAUAGAAUUAGAGAAAUAACAGCCUGUAAUCCAAUUGUUGUUAGCUAUAGAGAUCCAAAUGUUGGAGAUUCAGAUGGCAAUUGUGAUCUAGUGGUUACGGUAACUGCGGUACCAGCUGGACACUGUCCAGGAUCAAUCAUGCUUCUGUUUGAAGCUAAUAGAGACAAUAAGUAUGUAACUGUAUUGUGCACUGGGGAUUUUCGUAUUCAUCCCGAAGACUUUGCGAAAUUGAAGCCACUGCAUGUUAAAGUUAAUGGUAAACUCGUGCCCAAGGCACUGGACAAUAUUUACCUCGACACAACUUUUUAUGACGAGAGGCUCGAGCAUUUGCCCAGUAGGCAGGAGGCUCUAGGCCACAUUGUUCCCGUUGUUCAGGAUUGGUUGAGACAGAGUGACAAGAAUUUUAUUGUUAUUGAAACAUCAGCUGAUUAUGGCUCUGAGGAUUUGUUCAGCAAGCUGUCAGCUGCUGUUAAGCAACGGAUCCACGUGAGGAAUUGGGUUCAAGAGAGUUACAGAUAUAUUCCGGAAUCGUCUGUGUAUUCCACUGAGAAUACUCAUGACACUCGGGUUCAUGCGUGCAUGAUGAAACAACAGGCGAGAUUUAGGACAAAUAAUAGUAAUCCUUUGAUCUGUAGGAGCGAAGUUAAGGCGGAGAACAUUCUGACUAUUGUUCCUUCUGUAUUGAGGUGGAUUGGGAAAGAUUUAUCGAAGGGGGUUACUGAAUGGGAAGACAGAAGAUUUUACGUCUGCUACUCGUGCCAUGCUUCUUACAGUGAAUUAAGAGAAUUUAUUGAUUAUUUUAAACCAAGAAAAAUCCAUCCUUGUGUUGUUCCUGGUGUUAAAGAUGCGUGGUGUCCUGAGUCUCAAGAGAAAUUUAGAGAAUUUCAAGCGAAAAUCAAUUAUGCGCAUUUGAGAGCUCCGGAAGGGAGGGCUAAGAGUCUUGAUUGUGAUUUUAUGGAGUAUAAGUCUUUUAAGAGACUAAGACCGAAAACUGACAAAUCAUCCGAUGACGAUUUUUAAUUAUUUUAUAAACUUGAGACUAAGUUUUACCAUUAAUUUUACCAUUGCAUGUUGAUGCUCAUGGGUACUAAGAGUUUUAAUGGUGUUUUUAUGGAGUAUAAAUCUUUUAAGAGAUCAAAACUUAAACUUGACAAUUUAUCCGAUGACGAUUUUUAAUUGUUUUGUAAAUUUAAGACUAAGUUUUAAUUAUUUUUUAUUUUUUAACUGGCGAAGUCAUAUUCUCAAUCAAGUAUUGAAGUUUUAU